UGGGCGCUCACAGGUCACUUGCUCUCCUCUACAUCGUGCGCGUUUCUCUCUGGCCUUGUCCCCCGGCGACCUUGCAGGCCUUGUCGUGUUUCUCCUCUAUAAAACCCGAGAACUCGAGCUUAGCCUCUCCCCCUCGUGCGGCUAUCAAGUUGCUAGCUAGCUUCUGCAAGUAGUUGGAUCGGAGGUACAAGAGAGAACCAUCAGGCGUUGACGGCCGGAGACGACGACGACGGCCAUGGCUUCCUCGGGCACCAGCGGCGGCGGCGGCUCUCCGGGGUCGCCGUGUGGCGCCUGCAAGUUCCUGCGGCGCAAGUGCGCGGCGGAGUGCGUGUUCGCUCCCCACUUCUGCGCCGAGGACGGGGCGGCGCAGUUCGCGGCCAUCCACAAGGUGUUCGGCGCCAGCAACGCGGCCAAGCUGCUGCAGCAGGUGCCCCCCGCCGACCGGAGCGAGGCGGCGGCCACCGUCACCUACGAGGCGCAGGCCAGGCUGCGCGACCCCAUCUACGGCUGCGUCGCCCACAUCUUCGCGCUCCAGCAGCAGGUUGCGAGCUUGCAGAUGCAGGUGCUGCAGGCGAAGGCGCAGGUGGCGCAGACGAUGGCGGCGGCCGGGCCACAGGGGACGAACCCUCUUCUGCAGCGGUGGCCGCUGGAGCCCGAAUCGCUGUCGACGCAGAGCUCCGGGUGCUACAGCGACAUGUACUGCGGAUUCGGCGACCAGGAGGAAGGCAGCUACACGAGAUAGAUGAAUCAUGCCUCAUCAAACCGCUAGCGCCAAGAGAGACUACCGCGAGAGAAAUUAAACAACCGAGGGCCUCAUGCUUUUCUUGUUGAUUUGCAGUGCGUCGUUUUGUUCAGUUCAGCUCCGGUUUGGGGAGCUUUUGAUGAUUUUGGUGCGAGCUAGAGACUUGCGGCCGGUUUCAGACUUUCAGCUGUAAAUUCAAAGCUCAUCAUCAUGUGGUUAAACGGAAGCACAAAUCAGAAAUCAUAAUUCGUCA